UCAGUUGCUGCAGGAGGGAGGGUGCCGCUAUAUAAAGGCUGACACAAACACACAACUGACUUCAGUGCGUAAAGGAAUCAUCUUGAGUUUCCUCCAGUUUUACCAGCAGUUCAGAACUAACAUCCUUAAUCUGCAACUAUGAUGAAGCUGCUGACCAUCGUUUUGGGUGCAGCGAUGCUACUCGGCUUCAUGGAACCACUGAUGGGAGCUGGCCACCCACCAUGCUGGACCCGUUGGUACAACUCAGACAGUCCCAACAAUGGACCAGGUGACAUAGAGCUUUUAGCUGACCUGACUCAUGAGUAUCAAGGAGAAAUUUGCCCCGUACCGAUGAAAAUCCAGGUCGAGACUGUUGACGGUGUUCCAGCCAACAAGACGGGACAGAUAUUCCACCUCUACUCCAACACCGGAGGGUUCAUUUGUCGGAAUGACCAGCAGAGUUCUGGCAAGUGCCUGGACUACAAAGUUCGCUUCCAAUGCCAGUGUAACUCCAAGGAACAUCUCUACUGCUGUUAUUGACGAGACAAAAGAAAUUAAAGUUGUGGGUUUUGCCAGCAUGCCUAAUUCUUCUUUUUAAAAUUUUCCUCAUUAAAAUAUUGAUUCAAAGUCCAGGGUCUGGCUCUUAUGUGCCACUGGUGCUUCCUAAAAGCUGUGUGAAUUAAUGAAGUGCAAUAAAGAAAAUCUUGAAAAUC